AUGGAGAUGCAGGAGGUGUUCCUGCAGCUCUGGGGGGAGGUGGCCAGGCUGCAGGAGCUGUGCUCGGAGCAGGGGCGGCUCCUCCGGAGGCUGAGGGCCAGGAAGGGACCGGUCCUGGACAUCCCGGUGUCGCUGCCUGUCCAGUGCACGGAGGAUGUGGGGACAGGGGACGGGCAAAGGUCACCUGAGAGCAGCCAAAACCACCCAGGAGUUCCGACAUCCAAAACACCCCACCUGGAGGGCUCUGCUUGUCCCGUGGGACAGCCCCAGGCCACCAACAGGCUCCCCCCCAGCCCUGGGCACGGCGCAGGAGCCGCAGGUCCUGGCAGCACCGAGGGGGACAAGGGGGAAGCCCCUGCCCGGAGAAGAACCCGGAUCCUCCCGGUCCCAUGGGAAGGAGGGAGAGCUCCCUGCAGCCCUCGGGAGCUGGAGACACUAAAUCCAGGGCCUGGGGACCCCUUCCCAAAUCUUCUGGAUCUCUACGAAGCCCCGGAAGCGCUUGAGAGGGAAGAGGCUCCCAAGGAUGUGGCUCUGGUGGAGAUCCGAGGGCCUGUGAAGACCUGCUGGACUCCGGGCUGGGUGCUGGAGGAGGGGAUGCUCAGCCCCAGCACUGAGGCUGCCCCGGGCUGUGAGCUGUGCCAGGACAUUCUCCCCUCGGAGGCAGCGGGACACGCGGAGUAUCUGAGCCACCUUCUGCUCCACCUGGAGUAGGACUCGUCCUCCCAGAGGGAAAUCCAUGGAUUUGCACCCUGAGCCACGGGACAAACUCUGGACAUUCCCAUCUCCAUGGGACAGACUCUGGACGUUACUACGGGACAGACUCUGGACAUUUCCAUCUCCACGGGACAGACUCUGGACAUUUCCACGGGACAGACUCUGGA